GUUGAUCUUGCGUCUCAUCUCCUGCUUUGCCUGAUCAGCCUAUACUACUGUGGUGUUGAAACAAACUAGCCCGGUUGUGCUAUUUAUCGCAUACAAACUUCUUUAUAAUUACUCUACUAUCAGUCAGGAACCGUCAUCACAAUCUCUGCCAUUCAACAUGGGUAGCGUAUCGCCUCCCAAGGGCCGCCUUGCUGGCAAGAACUGCAUCGUCACUGGUGCUGCUGGUGGUAUUGGACUCGAGACAUCCAUUCUCUUCGCUCGUGAAGGUGCCAAUGUCCUGAUGGCCGAUAUUUCCGGCCCUGCCCUCGAAAAAGCAGCCAACAAGCUCAAGGAAUUGAUCCCUGAGCACCAAAACAUCGACACCAUCAUUUGUGACGUGUCAAAGGAGUCUGAUGUGCAAGCAAUGGUCGCCCACACUGACGCCUGGGGUGGACUGGACGUGAUUUUCAACAACGCUGGUAUCAUGCACGCCGACGAUGCCGACGCUGUCGACACCCCGGAGAAAAUCUGGGACCUCACACACAACAUCAACGUCAAGGGUGUGUGGUAUGGCUGCAAAGCAGCUGUUCAGAGCUUCCGCAAGCACGGCAAGAAGAAGGCCUCUGUCAUCAACACCGCAUCCGUGGUCGCGUUGGUCGGCAGCGCGACACCACAGCUAGCAUACACCGCCAGCAAGGGCGCAGUCCUGGCCAUGACACGUGAGCUAGCCAUUGUGCACGCACGUGAGGGAUACAGAUUCAAUUCGCUCUGUCCAGCACCUCUCAAUACGCCUCUUCUGCAGGACUGGCUGGGCGACGACAAGGCAAAGCGAUAUCGCCGCGAGGUCCAUCUGCCCGGAGGCCGGUUUGGCGAGGCCAUCGAGCAAGCAUACGGCGUGCUCUUCCUUGCCAGCGAUGAGGCGAGCUUUGUCAACGGAACAGACUUUGCGAUCGAUGGCGGCAUGACCAAGGCGUACGUCACUGCUGAGGGACCGGCCUCAGAGGCGCCGCAGAACUUUGCUUUUGGUCGCUAGAGAGCGAUCUCGGCAACAGCUGAUGCACUUAUGAACAUGCUACGAAAUUGAUAUUGAGCUCCCCGUUCUCGGGACUCUGGACUCAUCCGGCGUUCCGGUCUUCGUUACUGCCAUCAUGGCCAUAGAGAAGAUACCUCUAGCACGUAGUCCUGACUUGCUACUGCACCAAUGGGAUGGAUACAUUCACCAUA